GAGAACCCAUUUUGCAGUUGCUGGCAGCCAAGUUCAGUGCUUCAUCACUCCCAAACGCUUUAUACGGCAGGUGUAAAUUGCAGGAGUUGCCUACCAGGAAGACAAAAUGUCUGGUGAAGAGCCCGUCGUUGUUGUGGAGACACCUGCUCCAGCCCCAGCUCUGGGUGAGCCAAUGGAUAUCAUGACUGCAUUGCAGCUCGUGAUCAAGAAGUCUUUAGCCCAUGGAGGCCUCGUUAAAGGCCUUCACGCCGCUGCAAAGUCGAUCGAAAAGCAUGCCGCUCAGCUCUGUGUAAUGGCUGAGGACUGCAACCAACCAGACUACAUUAAAUUGGUCAAAGCGCUUUGUGCCGAACACAAUGUCAACCUAAUUACUGUUCCUAGUGCCAAGACCCUCGGCGAAUGGGCUGGUAUGUGCAAGAUUGAUUCGGAAGGGAAGGCUCGGAAGGUUGUUGGAGCCUCGUGUAUCGUUGUGAAGGAUUACGGCGAGGAGAGCGAAGGUCUCCACAUCGUUCAAGAGUAUGUCAAGACUCACUGAAAGAGAAACUAAGCUGUGAAGAUGUAUUCUUUAGAAUUUGUUACGACUUUUUAGACGAGAGUUAAGACAGAAAACUAGUAUGUUCUUUGGAAAUUUUUUUUUCAAGUCCAAUGUAUUAUUUGCUCAUGAAAUUUAUGGGCAGUUUUUCUAGACUAUGUUUUAUAUCAUUAAAGUUUUGAUCAGUAUCCAGUUCUAUCUUA